AUGACGAACCGUCCGCCUUUGAACGCCUACCCGACGAGAUUAUCCAACAGUGUAAUUCUGCAGGAGACUGAUCCGAAUGGAUUCGCGUCGCUGGCUCUGCUCAACUCGAAAUGGAGAAGCGUAGCCCAGCAGGCGCAUCUCUAUGCCCAUCACUUGUCGAACUGUCCCUCGUAUGCCAUGAGCCACAGUGGCCCAGUCAAGGUCGAUAGCGAAGAUGACCUGCCAAAACUCAAACGACAGUUUGCAAAAGAGGUGAAGCGCAACCUCUUCGAGGCGUACUUGCGCCCCAAUGAGACCGUCAUCAAGGUCAUCUCCAACUCCAUCAGCUCAUCGUCCUGCCCCGGAGGCGAGGGCAUCCAAUUCAGUGCCUCACCAAAAGGCCAUCACAUCUUGGCUUAUAACUCUUCCAGAAUACAUGUUGUUGAUGUCAGAGGCGCCGAGAUUGCGGUAACAAGAGAAUUCAAGAUUCUGAGGCGGCCAGCGGCGACAUGUAUCAAUGAUCAGGGGACAAUGCUCGCGGUGCUAUUGACGGAAAUGCAAGUGGACAUCUACGACCUAACGCAGUCACCACCAAAGCGAACGCACUCCAUGAUUUUAGACCACAGCCCACGCGCCAUCGCCUUGUCACCAUGCGGGUCAGUACUAGCGGCCGCUUACGAAGGUGGAAUCGAGGUCUCUUCGCUGAACCAGACCGCCAUGGCCACCGAUCGGAGAGCUGUCAAGUGUGAUGGCGUCGAUGCUUUGACCUUUUCGUUUGACGGAACUCAAAUUCUUGGGACGACAGUUCACUCAUCCCAACCGAAUACCGUGAUACUGACAGCACCUUACUACGACCCCGGAAGCCAUAUGGAGUCCGAUGAUAUCAGCGCUUUGUGGACGACAUCGAUCUUGUUUCCCAACACCAGUCGGGAUUGCAGUCACGCCGUCUUGUUACAGAAUGGGAAAUACGAGGAAGCAGCAUGGACUUUUACCUACGACCGUAGCUUCGAGACCUUCCGGGCCGUGCGUAUUGACGAUCUGAGGAACGGCACAACCUAUUUCACAGGGCCAGUUCCCAAUACCGAAUCGCAGACCAGGCUCAUUCCAUGUACACUCCCGGCUGCCUCUUAUUAUGGAGAGCUGGUUUCGGCAGGCUUUCAGGGGAAGGAUAUCUGGCUGUAUGGUGUUCCUGAGGACCUUGACGCCGUGCCGGAUACCACCAGUGCGGCUGCGGAGAACAACUCGGGCAAUGGUGGGCUUCUACGACGAAAUAGCGGUCCAUCGAUGCGGGCAGCUUCACGAGUUCAGGAGAAUGAGGCUCGGGUGCCCCAAUGGCAGAUUCUAUGCGACAAACUGCGCAACACGUUUGUGGGAGGAUACAAGAUUGCUGAGCUCGAAGGUGUAAGCACUGUCAAGUUCGUGGCCGAUUUUGCAGACUCGUGCAUAAAAGAGCGGUUGGUAAUCACUGCCCGUGGCGUCACGCCUAAUAUCUCUGUCGCGGACGAGGAGGGCAUCGAUUUUGUAGAUGGCGGCCGGAUCACUCUUCUCGACUUCGACUACAGCGUAACCAACGGGGUUAUCAAGGAGUUUACCAUCGACGUAGGAACGAGGGAGCCCGAAGUGCUGGAGGAAGAGCAUCGUGAUAUGGAGACCGAAGUGGCCAUCGUUCGUCGGAGGACUGUCGCUCAGAAAAGGGGCAGCAGGGCUGUGUCUACUGUCAUGCGCAGUGCAACAACUGCUGCUCCUCGCCCACCACCGUUGCCUACCCAGCCCUCCUCUUCAACACAAAAGGAAGAUGAGGAUGACCCCUUGGUUCCUCGUCGAGUAGGUACCGUCCCACCUCGCCGCAAUGGUCCACCGUCGACAGUCGAUGAAGGCGGAGAGACAGAAUCUAUGCUCGAAGAACAAGAGGCACUCGAUGCGCCCUAUUCCCAAGGAGAUCCGCGCUCAGGGACAACUCUUCGCCGUGCGGCUACCGCCGCUGCCAACAACCGCCGGUUGCAGCCACAACAAGCAGCCGCAGGACCGGUCGAAUAUCGCAGAGCUGAUGGUCGAGCUGAGCAUCCCCAUGAGAGUGAUGCGGACAACUGGGUUCCUCCACCACCACCGUACCAGAAAGAAGACCCCGGCGACCUCCCAGCUUUCCUUCGACACACGGCCGUUUUGGCUGCCGGUGCCGGUGUUCAGACCCAUGACGGCAAGCUACAGGUCGGCACAGCAGACAGGCAAGCUGCACGCAUGUCGUCAGCCUCUAUGUUCCAGCCCCGUCGCAGCCAGACUGUCACCACCACUACCAAUAAUCGUCAUUCUUCGCCAAACCCGCCCGUUCCCCCUGUCCCACCACUUCCAUCGCUCGAUAUAAUCCCGCCGGUACCGGCUCUCCCGGCAGGCAUUAUGGGCUCACCACUGCCGCCGCCUCCUCGAAUCAUGGCCUCUCACGAACGAAACAGCAGCUCGGGGUCGCUUUCGGUGCAAAAUCCCGUUGUGCGGCCAGGUUCCAGCAGCUCACGCUUCCUAGAUGGUGACAACAUCUAUGAUGUUUCACCGCCAGACUCGCCUGCUCUGGCACCGGUAAGGCAACAUGUAUCCCGAGAACCUAGUGGCAGCCCGGCAGAGAACGAUCCGUCGCCACCCGUUCGAGCCAGCAUGUUGUUUGUGUCACCUCCCACGGCCAGUCAAGGGGACUUUGCCGGUUCCGGUCCCAGCCCCUUUGCCGGCCAAGCUGCUCGUGUUUCUCCAGAAACGGGCCUUCCAGGGGCUAGUGAGACGACUAUGGCGUCGUCCUCGUCGGUCACCAAUUCGUUGGUGCCACCGAGUCACCGACCAGUAGUCGCGUCGGAGGAACCCCCAGCUGUGAGACGCUUGUCCGUCUCGAGGACCUGGCCAACGCAGCCAGUACCAAUUAACACGACUGCGGUAUCCGACGGCUACCCGUACUCGGCUCCUGUUCCUGGCAACGGGACCGACGGUACUAUGUCUCGGUCGUUCCCGCCUCUGCCCCGGCCCGAUCAGAUCUCGAAUCUUGGGAACGGUAACCAUCGGUUCUCUGGCCACUUUCAGCUGCCACCGCGUGCUCCCGUGGCGGUGGCAGGCCCACAUUCUGCCCACCCUGCCAUGACUAUGGAUGAGCAUCUGCCGCAACCUCAGCAGCCGUGGAGGAGGACCUCGUACCAACGACCUGUAUCACAGCAGCAACAUUAUUCUUUCCCCUUGCAGGGAGGAGGCGGUGGCGGUUCACCGCCGUAUCAUCGAUCGUGUCACUCCCGCGCUACGAUUCAUGAGCCCCAGCCGAGGAGGCCGUCGGAUAUUGUUACCUCGGGGCCUUUGGUUCAGCAGCAGCCUUCAGAAGACAUGCCGCUUAUUAUUUCGACGCCCAAGGGGGUUCAGGGGGCAUUUGAUGCGCCUGGGUCGUUUUCGUCAACUCAACAAAGGGCGGAGACGCCGAUUUUGGCGCCGGUGCCGAGGCAUCCUAGGCCUGUCACGCAGUCGUCCAUACUUAUGCCACGGCAGGUGCCGGAGAGGUUGGAUACUAUUUUCAGUUUGUCAGAUAACGGGCAACAGCAGCAGCAGCAACAUCAUCAUCAGUUUUUGAAUCAUCCGCCCCCUGUGCCGGGGUCGUCGAGUGGUGGGGGGUUGAGUGGGUUUGCGAGGAGGGUGCCGAGUCUGAAUAGGAAGCCGAGUAGAGCAGAGAGGUCGGCGGCCAAGAACAUUGCUGAUGCGAAGAAGAGGGGGUGGAGUGGGAUGACGGUUAGGAGUAAGAGUAGAAGGGGGAGGGGGAAGAAGAAGCAAGAGAUGGAUGCGAUGAGUACGGUUGCGUGGACGAAUGUUGAGGGGAAUAAUGUUACUUGGCAGAGGGGGCAGGGUCAAGGGCAAGGGGGAAAGGAAAAGGAUAAGAAGUGUGUGGUAAUGUGA